AUGGUGUAUCCGAGUGCUGUGGGCAGCCUGCAAGAGGGCAGACUUACAGCUGGUGCCCAGACGGAGAGUCACGUGGGGCGAAUCCCAGUUAACGUAAAAGCGCCCACCGUCCACGCACGAAGGAAGCGUCGCUGGGCUGGAGGGCAGGCAGGCGCGGGCGAGCAGCGGAAAGAAGCUCAUCCAAGACUUCCCGUUGGCCCCCCACGCCCCAGCCACCUCUCAUCCGGGUCCCACUGGACUCAUAGAUCCCACGCUGUCCUAACCUGGGGUCCUGCAGGGCUGCGUCAGGUGCACAGCCCCUCUGAGGCUGGCUGGGUCACAGGAUUCCCCCAUGCACAGAAUGGCAACGGAGCGUCCAAUACCCAGGCCCCUGCAAGGCUCAGGCCUCUAGAACCUGCCUCCCUCAACUUGACUUUGGCCUCGGGCAUCUGCAGUGUAUUCUUGCAGAAGGGGCCCCCCCUGACCUUAGAGGAUGUGGCCAUGUACUCUCAAGCAGAGGGGCAACAACUGGGACUCUAUCGGGAUGUGAUGCUUGAUAAUAACUCCCUGGGGUUCCCAGUCCCUAAGCUGGAGCUGAUCACCCAACUGGAGCACAGGGAGGAGAUGUGGGUCCUGAAUCUUCUAGGAGCUGAAAGACUAGAAGUCUUGAGAUGCUGCAGGACAGAUGAGGAUUUUGAGAUUGAGACUGAGAAGAUAUUAUCCAUUUUUAAUGAGAAAUGUUCUAAAGAAGUAAAAACUACAGGAUUGAGAUCAAGUAGAUUCUCAAGGUGUAAUCCACUGGCAUCCAAGAUGCAGGAAGCUAGGCGUUCAGGUAAACUAGAAAGACAUAUGGGAAGUUCUGUGGGACAGAGACCCCGUCUUCACAAGAGAGUUAGAGAAACAGCUGUCAUUUGUGGGAGGAGAUCUCUAGGAAAAAGAACCCAGGAAUGUGGUACAUGUGAUAGAAAUUUGAACUUCAAGCAAAAUAUUGUUAGACCUCAAAUAAAUAUAACAGGAGAGAAAGUCUUUAAAUGUAUUGUGUGCAGCAAAACCUUCAAGUAUAGUUGAGACCUAACUAGACAUCAAAGAAGUCACAGUGGGGAAAAGCCAUAUGAAUGUGGCCGGUGUGGGAGAGCCUUUAGUCACAGCUCAAACCUUAGUCUGCAUCGUCAAUUUCACACAGGAAAUAAACCAUUUAAAUGGAAUGAAUGUGGAAAAAUUUAGCUCAAUGCCCAUCUCCUUCUCCAUCAGAGAAUUCAUACUGGAGAAAAACCUUUUGGGUGUAGUGAAUGUGGAAAGGCGUUCAGUCGAAGCUCAACUCUUAUUCAACCCCAUGUCAUUCACACAGGAGAAAAACCUUAUAAAUGUAAUGAGUGUGGAAGAGCCUUCAACCAGAGUCCACAGUUAAUGCAGCAUCAGAGAAUCUGCACUGGAGAGAGACCUCAUGAAUGUACUCAAUGUGGGAAGGCCUUCAGCCAAAGUUCAAGCCUUAUCCAACAUCAGAGAAUCCACACUGAAGAGAAACCCCAUAAGUGCAAUCAGUGUGGGAAGGCCUCCAGUCAAAGCUCAAGUCUUUUUCUUCAUCAUAGGAUUCACACAAGAGAGAAACUCUAUGUAUGGAAUGAAUGUGGCAAAGCCUUUGGUUUUAAUCACACCGGAGAAAAGCCCUAUGUUUGUAAUGAGUGUGGCAAAGUGUUUACUGGGAGUUCAACUCUUGUCCAGCAUGAAAGAGUUCACACUGGAGAGAAGCCGUAUCAAUGCAUUCAAUGUGGGAAAGCCUUCAGUCAGAGCUCACAGCUUGCCCUACAUCAGGGAGUUCACACUGGAGAGAAGCCCUGUGAAUGUGUUGAUUGUGGGAAAGUCUUCAGCCAGAAGUCAGCCCUCACUCAGCAUCAGAAAAUCCACACUGGACAGAAGCUUCGUGACUACAGACAGUGUGACCACAUGAACCAACUCACACUAGAGAAAUUCUGUAUGCCUGAAGAAUGUGGAAGAGCCUUUAGCCAACAUACAAACCUUGUUCUGUGGGGGAAUAUUCACAACAAGGAGAAGUCCUUUGAAUGUGGAGAAAUUUUCAGACCCACCUCACAGCCCACUGGACAUCAGAAAAUUCAUGCUGGGAUGAAACUGUAUAAAUGUCAUGACCAUCAAGAAGCCUUCAGUUGGUGCCCAACCCUUACUCAACACCAGCUAGCCUAG